CAGGGUUGUUCAAAUAGCCUUGAAAGGCGACGAUUUCUCUUUUAUCACGGUAACAGCAAAGAGUAACAGUUCCAAGAUUCGACAACAUCUCUAUUACACUUAUAUUUUAUCUAUGGGUCAUAUUUAGAAAAUAUUACUGAGUUGCAGAAGUUGUACUAAUUUUCUUGUUUUAUAUAAUCAUAAAAGACUUUUACGUUAAUUAUUUACGCGAAAAAUAAGUUCGUCAUUAAUUCCUCUUUAAACAGUGAAUCGUGGUGCAUUGAUUAUCCGAACGGAUGGUGGUGAUAGCUCAGAAACUCCAAGGGGUAUAGUGAAAUGGCGUCAGGAUUAAGUGAAGUUCAAUAAACGAUUAUUGUAAAUUCCGAGGAAGGUUUCUUUGUUAAACUAUAAAAAAUUGAACAUUAGUGCUGUGCGAACUGACAUGGCAAAUACGAGAGCAACUAGUAGUGCCCUUAGAGCGUUGGCAGUGGAAUAUAAAAGUUUACAGGAAGAACCAGUUGAAGGUUUUUGUGUGAAACUCGUUAAUGACGAUAAUCUUUUCGAAUGGGAAGUAGCUAUUUUUGGACCACCAGAUACGCUCUAUAUGGGUGGUUGUUUCAAGGCUAGAAUGAAAUUCCCUACAGACUAUCCUUACUCACCGCCGUCAAUUAGAUUUUUGACAAAAGUCUGGCAUCCAAAUGUAUACGAGAAUGGAGAUUUGUGUAUCAGCAUCCUGCACCCGCCCAUAGACGAUCCACAAUCUGGGGAACUGCCGUGCGAACGCUGGAACCCGACGCAAAACGUCCGCACCAUAUUGUUGUCGGUUAUAUCGCUUUUGAACGAGCCGAACACCUACAGUCCCGCCAACGUAGACGCCUCCGUGAUGUACCGCCGCUGGAGGGACUCGAAGGGCAAGGACAAAGAGUACGAGAACAUAAUAAGAAAACAAGCCAUGACGGCUAGAGCCGAAGCCGAAAGAGACGGACUGAAAGUCCCUCUCACUCUAGAAGAUUACUGCAUCAAGACGCAGGUUAAACCGAACAGUUCCGAGCAGCAAGUAGAAAUGACGGAUUUCUACGACGACGACUACGAUGAGGAGUACGACGAUCUGUCAAACGGUUCCGAAUAUCCCGAGGAGGACGAUAACGACAGUGGAAACGGUGAAUUGUGAUGUCGAUAAAUUUAGAUUUAAACAACAAAACAUAACAAACAAAGAAAAAAACUCUUUUCGAAUAUUAUUGGAUAGAUAUCUUUAACGAUGCGAUUUAGUUGAUGUUGAGUU